AUGUCGUGGAAACUCACCAAGAGUGCGUCGCCGUCCACCAGUGUCCCGCACUACGGAGUCGCUAACAUGCCGCAGAGCUAAAAGAGACCCAUCUUGGGGCGCCCUUCUCCAACACCUUCUCCCGAACCUCCUCCCAAUCUACCCUCACCGACCAAGCACAAAAGGCUCCUUCAGCGACCGCCGCACCAGGCGCUCAAACACCCCAGCCCACACAGAAUGCACCGAGCGCCUCCAAUGGCAACGACCCGCAGGGCAUCGCCGCCUCCGAGCAGAUGGCCACCGCAACCGCAGCACCCGCUAAACCGGGUAUUUUGAUCUUGACGCUACAUGAGGGAAGAGGUUUCAGUCUGCCGUCCGGUGCUGAACAGGCAUUUGCACCGCGUCCUGGACAUGGCGGAAGCAUGAGCACGGGAUCAUUCGCGGGCAGCUACAUGGGCGGUAACAGUGCCCGGCCGGGCUCGAGUGCUGCUCAGGGCAGCUUUCGACCCAAUUCUGCCAGCGGCGCGGCCAUCAACAACAUGCCAUCUACUCAUGGCCGAUACAGCAGCAAAUACCUGCCCUACGCACUCGUCGAUUUCGACAAGCAACAGGUCUUUGUCAAUUCAGUAUCUGGUACACCCGAGAAUCCCGUCUGGGCCGGAGAAAGCACGCAGUACAAGUUCGAUGUUAGCAGAUCGACCGAAAUCAACCUCUCUCUAUACAUCCGCAAUCCCGCAGCGGCGCCCAAUGCUGGUAGACAACAGGACAUCUUCAUUGGCACAUGCCGUGUCACGCCGACCUUCUCCGAAGACGCACAGUCAGGUGCACCACAGCCACCUGCAAGCUCGGAUAGUAAGACGAAGAAGGAGAAGAGCAUGCCGCCGCCAUCAUCAAGCGGUAGCCAUGGAACUGGCGUCAACUGGCAUGAUGUUCAAUACGGCACUGGAUCAAUCCGGAUAGGGCUGAAGUUCGUGGAGAACAAGCAGCGCUCGCUCAAGGUCGAGGACUUCGAGCUGUUGAAGGUGGUUGGCAAGGGCAGCUUCGGUAAGGUGAUGCAGGUGAUGAAGAAGGAUACAUCCCGAAUCUACGCCCUGAAGACCAUUCGCAAGCAGCACAUUAUCUCGAGGUCCGAAGUCGCACACACCCUGGCAGAACGAUCCGUGCUAGCUCAGAUCAACAAUCCGUUCAUCGUACCGCUGAAAUUCUCCUUCCAAUCACCGGACAAGCUCUACCUGGUUCUGGCGUUUGUAAAUGGCGGAGAGCUGUUCCAUCAUCUACAGAAAGAACAGCGAUUCGACAUCAACCGAUCGAGAUUCUACGCCGCCGAGCUUCUGUGUGCGUUGGAGUGUUUACAUGGCUUUGGCGUGAUCUACCGUGACUUGAAGCCUGAGAACAUCCUGGUGGACUACGUGGGGCAUAUUGCGUUGUGCGAUUUCGGACUCUGCAAGCUGGACAUGAAGGACGAAGACAAGACCAACACGUUCUGUGGUACCCCCGAAUAUCUCGCGCCAGAGCUUCUGCAUGGGCAAGGAUACACCAAAGCAGUGGACUGGUGGACGUUGGGUGUACUGCUGUACGAGAUGUUGACGGGCCUGCCGCCAUUCUACGACGAGAACACCAACGAGAUGUACCGGAAGAUCCUAUCAGAGCCGCUACAUUUCCCCGGCCCUGAGGUCGUUCCACCGGCGGCGAGGGAUCUGUUGAGCAAGCUCUUGGAUCGUGACGCAACGAGAAGACUAGGCACUAACGGUGCCGCUGAGAUCAAGGUGAGCAGGAUCGAGGUGCAACUUCCAUACCGCAUGUCCGCUAACAAAGGAGCAGGCCCACCCGUUCUUCCACAGUAUCGACUGGCGGAAACUGCUAGAUCGUAAAUACGAGCCCAGCUUCAAGCCCAGCGUAGUGGACGAGCGCGACACGGCGAACUUCGACAAGGAAUUCACAUCAGAAGCACCCACGGACAGCUACGUCGAGGGCCCAAUGCUGUCACAGACGAUGCAACAGCAAUUUGCUGGCUGGUCUUACAAUCGGCCGGUGGAGGGAUUGGGCGACGCGGGUGGCUCGAUCGUACAAGGCAACGCUUUCGACCAGAGAUAG